UGAAAACGUUGGCUGACCGGAACACGUAUUUGUCACACAGGGAGCUAAACGAAGAUAAACUAGCUAAGCUUGCACAUUGAUGUGUAAUAUAAUAUAGAAAGAAGGGAGGAUGAGCAGCUCAGAGGAGGUGUCCUGGAUAUCCUGGUUCUGUGGACUCAGAGCGAAUGAGUUCUUCUGCGAGCAGUGGGCUGUUCAUUGUCUCCAACCGCGUCCUACAGGUCGAUGAAGACUACAUCCAGGACAAGUUUAACCUGACCGGUUUGAAUGAGCAGGUGCCUCACUAUCGGCAGGCUUUGGACAUGAUUCUGGACCUCGAGCCAGAUGAGGAACUUGAAGACAACCCCAACCAGAGUGACUUGAUAGAGCAGGCAGCAGAGAUGCUCUACGGGCUCAUCCAUGCACGUUACAUCCUCACAAACAGAGGCAUUGCUCAGAUGUUGGAGAAGUAUCAACAAGGGGAUUUUGGCUAUUGCCCCAGAGUCUAUUGCGAGAAUCAACCAAUGCUCCCUAUUGGUUUGUCAGACAUCCCUGGAGAAGCAAUGGUGAAGCUUUAUUGCCCAAAAUGCAUGGAUGUUUACACCCCCAAAUCCUCCAGACACCACCACACAGAUGGAGCCUAUUUUGGGACAGGGUUCCCCCACAUGCUGUUCAUGGUGCACCCAGAGUAUCGUCCAAAGCGACCAGCCAACCAGUUUGUGCCAAGGCUAUAUGGCUUCAAAAUUCACCCAAUGGCUUAUCAACUCCAACUUCAGGCUGCGACAAAUUUCAAGAGCCCAGUCAAGACGAUUCGCUAGAACACAAUGGACACUUCUAGACUUUGCUGUCGACUACUUGUUUUGAAGGGAUGGAUGAUCAAUAUAUAUAUUCCCAAUGAAUGCCUGUAUAGUUUCCAAAACUCAAAGGGUCAAUCUCCUGAUAGCAUUAAAUUCUAAUUAUCCAUCUUUGCACUUUUUAUGGUCGUUUCCUCCGAAGAAAAACGAGUGUCUUUAAUCCGUGACGAUGGCGGCUCCAGUGGGCGUCGUGGCUCGACUAAAGGUGACGAAUGUAACGGACGCCCGACAGGGUCGCCUUAUCACCGUCAUGGCCAGUCCAUACUUUUGACAGUUAACAUUAAAUCACAUCAGAUCACAUUAAUGCAAUAUCUUUUUGCUGUUAAGAUGAAGGAUUUUAUUUUGAAAACAGUAACAAGUGUAAAUGUGAUCAGGUGCUAUUCCCAAGAAACAAUGAAUACCAAAUUUAAGGAAGACCGUUCGAAAAUAGAACUGUGCUUGAUUUAAAUUGUAUUAUUAAGCUGUUACGUUUCCCUACAAUAUAUACACUGUUUGUACUUGAUUGUUUCGGCAAAUGUACCAUGAUUAUAGUAUAUUACAAUCUUGACAGAUGUGACAUCUGCAACAUCAACUGUGGAGCAAGUGAAUAGCAUUAAAUAUUUAUUUCUUA